CUGUCAAGUCAAAGCAGAAGAAAAGUUGUAAAUUAAAUUAAGAUAAGCAAAAAUGGCCGGAAUUGGAAUGUGCGAAACUCCCGGCUGUAAAUCUAUAGCUCAGCUUCAAUGUCCGACGUGUAUUAAACUUGGUAUUCAAGGUUCCUAUUUCUGCACCCAAGACUGCUUCAAGAAAUCAUGGAAAUCGCACAAAAUCAUCCAUUCUUUAGCGAAAGGUGAAAGCACAGAUGGAUCAGGUGUGGAAUACAAUCCGUGGCCAUCUUACAACUUUACCGGAAAGCUGAGGCCAUUUCCCCCAGGUCCUAAGCGAACAGUAUUGCCUCAUAUAGGCCGUCCUGACUAUGCAGAUCAUCCAGCCGGUUUUCCAGCAUCAGAGAAUGCUGCGAAAGGUUCUGGCCAGAUCAAAGUGUUGGACGAUGAAGAGAUUGAAGGCAUGCGAGUUGCUUGCCGUCUGGGGAGGGAGGUUUUAGAUGAAGCUGCAAAAGUGUGUGACGUAGGUGUGACAACCGAUGAACUUGACCGAGUAGUUCACGAGGCGUGCAUUGAACGAGAGUGCUAUCCGAGUCCCCUCAACUACCACAAUUUCCCCAAUAGCUGUUGCACAUCCGUCAAUGAGGUCAUCUGCCAUGGGAUACCUGAUUUGCGUCCACUACAGGACGGCGAUAUAUGCAAUGUCGAUGUAACCGUAUACCACAGAGAGUUCCACGGUGAUUUGAAUGAGACAUUCUUUGUGGGCAACGUUCCGGAAACAACAAAGAAACUCGUGCAAGUCACAUACGAGUGCUUACAGAAAGCUAUAGAUAUUGUUAAACCCGGAGAGAAGUAUAGGGAAAUCGGAAAUGUUAUACAGAAGCACGCGCAGGCGAACGGGUUGAGCGUAGUGCGAUCAUAUUGUGGCCAUGGAAUACACAGACUGUUUCAUACAGCACCUAAUGUACCACAUUAUGCAAAGAACAAAGCAGUGGGAGUGAUGAAGCCAGGUCAUUGCUUCACAAUAGAGCCGAUGAUCAACGAAGGCGGGUGGCGCGACGAGCAGUGGCCGGAUCAUUGGACCGCCGUCACUGCUGACGGGUCAAGAUCUGCGCAGUUUGAACAAACUCUUCUAGUAACGGAAACCGGUUGCGACAUACUCACAAAGCGCGCUUCGGGACGACCCUGGUUCAUGGACCAGCUGGAAAAAUUACAAUAGUUGUAACUAUUCUACGGCGUCCACUGAGAUACUGCAACUAUCCUAUAUAAAAAAGGUGAACAAGGUGUCUUUACAAAUGAAGACUGAAAUACACGCCUUACUCACGCAAACGCCGGACAUAUACUGACUCUAAAAGCGUUGCGUCCGCAGCGCUACAGCUCCUGUUGACCCAGAGGUCAUCAAAAUCCAUUAAAACUGAACAAAGCAUAAACAAAGACUCCCUGCAAGCCGUAACAAUCUAUUUGUUGCGUGCAAAUUAUUAUCGAUAUAUCGAUCCAUUUCGAUAUUUAUCUUUAUUUUUAUAUACAUCGUAUUUCAUACGGGACAAUAUGCAGAUUUGGCACACCUAAUAGUCAAAAAAGAAGUAAAUUUGAACUGAGAAAUUGAAUAAGUUAAUUAAAUUAUUUUACAAGUACGUACGUAUUUGUAAAGUAAAAAAAUACGACUGACUAACACUGCUCGAAUAUUUCAAAAUGGCGCCACACAGCCGCCAUAUUGUUUUUUUACAGCGUUGACGGACGUGAUUGUGUAAGGAAGUUAACGUUGUUCUAUACAUUCAAAUAAGUACAGGAUCUUAGUACGUACGUUUUAUAUCAUACAUCAUACAUGUACCCUUAAAACAUUACACUAAUUUUUUGUGUACUUUAUGAAUAUACAGCCAUUACGAGUAUGUGAAUAGUCUUCACACACUCUUAAUUGCAGUAUAUUCGUAUAGAUUCAAUGAUUUUUGCACGUUUUACAUAAAAUAAUCAACUGUAUCCACCUCAUCUGACUCUGACCCUAGGACCACGGCAGUGUCGUUACUAGCGACAGUUUAGUUAAAAAAUAUCAUAAAAUGUAUAAACUUCCCCAGCGCGUCCUGCUUAAUGAUCCUUUGUAAUAAUUAAAAAGUUUCUGUAUAACAUGCAUAAAGCGGUUAAAAGCAUAGCGGUUAGUACUUCAACUUCCCUUUCGGGUCCUUGAACGAUCAUUUCACGAUUGACACGCACUUCUAACUUUCAAAAUGAUGUGCGUUGUAAGCAAUAAAUUAUUCAACGGUGAAGGAUAUCACCGUGAGUAAACCGUCAUGGCUGGGAGUUCAAUAUUUAAAAAAAUUAUGUUCUUAAAGCUGUGUAAGGUCUUGACCAGCAUGGUCGACUACGCUGUAAAUCCUUCUCAUUCUGUAUUUGCCAGACACAGUAGAGAUAUUUGCUAUUUUAAUCCUACUAUCCUACUAAUAUUAUAAAUGAAAAAGUGUGGAUGUUACGAAAGCAGCUCGUAACAUAAACUAUUUUCAAUUUUCGCGGUUAGACAGAUUUUAAAUUCGGUAUUAUCUAUGCUGUGGAAAAGGACAUGUACUUUCUAUAUCGAUCUCUCAAAUAGUUCCAACGGUAAGAUUAAAAAUUGUUAACGCGCAAAGCUUUCCUGAUUCUGAAGUGCACGCAGACGAAGUCGCGGGCAGAAGCUAGUGGGUAUAAUAAUGACAAACACAAUAAUCCUUCUAAGCUUACUCUGUCCUACUGGUCACCUUACUUCCCCAAUUUUUCAGGAAAAUUUCUUCAUAGAAACUUUAAAAUUUUUACCUCGAACUUGAAACGAACCCCUUGAUCCGUAGGUCAAACCUACUAUUAAAACUAACCACUAGACCAGUUAUAAGAUUAACAGAGGCAGUUAUGUAGUCGCUUAUAACACAUUAAAAGCCGUGGCCCCCGGGUUCUGAUGCUCAGUAACAUUGUAUAAAAAGACUGCCCCCUAUUCAUAUUAGUUUUAAAUUAAGUUGUUUAUUAUCUCAGUGGAUGGUUGGCCUUAUUUUAUACCUACAAUUAGUCGAAAAUGUAUGAAUUUUAUUAAGAGAGUGUGAUUUAUUGUUUUUGAAUGAAUAAACUGUCACUGUUGGAAUCUUUUAAU